CCUGGGCUGCCGAAGGAGGCGAUGCGCCUCUUAAAGAAGUGCGAAAGCGCAACAGGUGUUGGAGCUGCGUGAAGGCGAGGUAAAAACGUCACAACCCAAAGUUCCACUAUGUCACCAAGACCUUUUGAAAGUCCUCCACCCUAUCGCCCAAAUGAAUUUGUACCUUCACAUUAUUUACCAAGCAACAAUACAUUUGGUGGUGAAUUCCAUUCUCAACUUAUGCACUCUCAACCAGCAUAUUCUUAUUAUCCGGAAGAUGAAGUGCAACGUUUCUACAAGUGGUCCUCCCCACCAGGAAUAAUCAAGAUCAUGUCAGUUCUCAUACUAGUCAUGUCUAUUGGGGUCUUUGCUUGUGUUGCCUCUACUCUGGCUUGGGAUAUGGACAUGUAUGGAGGUGCACUAGGAACUGGUUUGGGAUAUCCUGGCUAUGGAGGUUUUGGAACCAACUAUGGUGGAUACAUUGGCAGCAGUUUUGGAAGUUAUGGUGGCUAUAAUAGUGGAUAUGGCCUUGGAGGAAAUUAUAUUGAUCCACGAGGAGCAAAAGGCUUUCUACUUGCAAUGGCAGCUUUUUGCUUUAUUGCUGGAUUGAUGGUUUUUGUGAUUGGUGUUACAAAGACUAAGAUUGCCAGGACAAGGAAAUAUUAUCUCUUUGUGAUAAUAGCAAGCUCUAUAUUGCUCUUCUUGAUGUUCAUUGCUACAAUUGUAUAUACACUAGCAGUCAACCCAACUGCACAGUCUUCUGGAUCAGUGAUCUACAAUCAGAUCUAUAUGUUGUGCAGCCAGUUUUACACACCCGCAACUACUGGACUCUACAUAAAUCAAUACUUAUAUCACUACUGUGUGGUGGAACCUCAGGAGGCUAUUGCCAUUGUAUUAGGUUUCCUGAUUGCUGCAGCUUUGGCUAUAAUAAUAUUUUUCGCAGUAAAAACCCGAAGUAAAAUAGGUUACUAUGGCAAAAUGAGUAUACUCUGGGAUAACACAAAAGGUUAUGAUGAAACUCCUAAUGUAGAAGAAUGGGUUAAGAAUGUAAAUCCAGAGCCAGUGGCAGUUUCCCCGGGGCCUGACUAUCCAGAUCGAGUUGCCAGUUCUACAGGAUACUCCGUUUCUGAUGCUCCUGCACAUCAGAUUCGCAAGGACAACUACACAGCUAGUCCGGUACCUGAAGUUGUUGCUCCCUUAACAAAAGACCUAAAACAGUCCCAGUAUGUGAACUCCAGUUACAGUGGGCCAGCUAAGGAGCCCCAACAGAAAAAGAAAAGAGGAAGAACAAGAAGAGCCAACAAUGAUAAUUAUGAUGCUGAUUAUACCACAGGUGGCGAAUCUUGUGAUGAACUGGAUGAGAAUUGGGACAGAGAGUAUCCAUCUGUAUCAUCAGACCAGCAAAGACAAGCAUACAAGCGAGAUUUUGAUGCAGGAUUACAAGAAUACAAACGAUUGCAAGCAGAACUUGAUGAGAUCAGUAAAGAACUGUCUCGUCUUGACAAAGAGCUGGAUGACUACAUUGAAGGCAGUGAAGAAUAUAAGGCUGCAGCUGAUGAAUACAACAGAUUGAAGGAUAUCAAAUCAUCCACAGAUUAUAAGAACCGAAAAGCACACUGCAAGAUGCUGAAGAGUAAAUUGUCCCACAUCAAAAGGAUGGUCAGUGAUUAUGACAAUCGGUAGUCAUAACAAGAAGGAAACAAAUCAAGUUGCAUAAUUUUCAUUCAGCUGGAAUACCUUUGUGUUGGACAAUAGCCUGAGAGAUCCUUUGUAUACUUUUAUAUACUUCAUAAUAUUUGUGCCAUGUUUACCAUGAAAUAAGAAUUCAGUAUAUGGGAUCUUUUAUAGUUUCACUGAGUCAAGGAAUUUUACCACCUAUGUUUUCAGGAUCAACAGUGGACAUUUUAAGCAUUUGCUUUCCUUGCCUUUGCUAACUCAUUCCAUUUUUCUCAGCAUAUUGCAAUCUUAAUUUCAGAAAAAAAUGAUAAAUGUUUUUCACUGCAACUUAUAUAGUACGGUAUAAGCUAUGUCCUUUAUCUAAAACACCUGUCUUCCUCUCUUAUUUUUAACCAAUUUUAUAUAUCUAGGUUACUUGUAAAUAAAAAACUAGCAGGCUUUACUUUUAAAUGGCGUCUAAAUGGACCCAUUGUUGAUUAGCCAGUAUAAUAUAUUAUUGACAAUGUGAAACAAUGUAAAUUUAUUCUGUUAAAAUCUCAACUUGUAUUUUAAGUAUCAUUUUAUUACAGAAAUAUAAUUUUUAGUACUAGUGUGUUUAAUUUGACUGUCCAAUUUGUAACUCUUAUAAAAAUGCCUCUAUGUUAUAUUUGACUAUAUAAGCAGCUACAAUUCUAUACAAACUUAAUGGAAAGUCCCAAAUCAAUGGGGUUUAUUUCUGAUAUUGUAUGCACAUUUAACCAGUCCUUUUAAAUUGCCAAAAAAUCUAGGCUAUUCUGUAAAGACAUAUGAUACCAUGGCCAAAUGACAAAACUGUAAAAGCAAAUGUAUUCACAUUAUGAGUAGUCCUUGUGUAACAACCAUUCAUUCAACAACUGCUUGAAGUUACAGUGGUGCUGAACAAGUGGUACUUUUGACCAGUCCUUGAAGUUUUGGCUGUCCCAACACCCCUAUAGUCAUGUGAUUGCAAUCUGAGUGGUUGCCAACUGGCUCACACACUUAAAUGGUUGCAGUAUCUUGCAGUCAUGGGAUCGCCAUUUGAAACCUUCCCUGCCAGUUUCCCCCAAGCAAAGUCAAUGGGGAAGCCAACAGAGAAGGCUACAAGUUGGUAGGUUGCUCAUGUCCUCCCCCAACUGGCAGAAACUACCUCUGGCCCUGCCAUGUUCAAACCUACUUGCAAACUGUCUGGGACUUGCUUAAUGACUCUUCAUCCUGGCUUAACACCACCAAUGGGGGAGCGUUGUAAGGAAGUGAUGUGGUCACGUGACAUUGCAUUUUACAACCACAUUGGUUAGCAAUAGAAAUUCUGGUCCGAAUCACCAUGGUUAACCAAUGGACUACCUGUAACAUAUAUAAUGUCGUAAUGCAAUAAUAUUGAAAUAUUAAAAUAUUUCAUAUAUUUUAUGAUAUAAAUUUUACCAUGAAAACAAGUACUAUAAAACAAGAGACCCUAACUUUUAUACUAAUUCUGAUUCUCUGUUAGUUUUAAAUGCAGGCACUCUUGACAAUUAUUUCUGGUGAUAAUUGAUUGAACACACUUGCUGAUAUCGAACCCUGAUGGAAAAAUUAUAAGCACUGAAUUGAAAAAACAGAUGCAUUCAUUUCAGAUGUGUUCCAGUGUUGUACCUCAUGAAUGGAAUUGGGGAAUGUAUUUUCUUUUGGUGGGUCCCUAAAAUUGCCCAAUUUUAGGUUUCUGACAGUGGCUCUAUCCAGAAUUCUUUUAGAUUAGAGGUGGGGAGAGAUGCUGGGGAAUAAAAUGAAUGCAUGCCAUACAAUUAGCAGAGGUAUAUGAUGAGUCUGAACCAGGGGUGAAAUCCAGCAGGUUCUGACAGGUUCUGGAGAACAGGUAGUGGAAAUUUUGAGUAGUUCGGAGAACUGGCAAAUACCACCUCUGGCUGGCCCCAGAGUGGGGUGGGAAUGGAGAUUUUGCAAUAUCCUUCCCCUGGAGUGGCAUGGGAAUGGAGAUUUUGCAAUAUCCUUCCCCUCCAUGCCCACCAAGCCAUGCCCACCAAGUCACAGCCACAGAACCAGUAGUAAAAAAAAUUGGAUUUCACCACUGGUCUAAACUAUGGGAUUGCAAGCAAGUUUGAUUGUAGAACCAUAGAGUUGGAAAGAACACCAGAAGUUAUGCAGUCCAAAGGUCUGUUAGACACUGUUGCAAGGUCUCUUGAACCAUGUUUUAAAAAAUCCAUUGAGACCAGUAGGAUUCCGUCAUGACUAAUAAGUCCCGAAAUGUGACUGUUUGGAUCUAUCUACUGUACAUUUAUGUAAGCACUGUAAUAAUUUUUGUUUUAAAAUCACUUUUUUAAAAUAAUGGAAAUUAUGUCUAAAAUAUGUGACUAGAAUGCAAUACCUGUAUGUUGAAAGACUGGAUUUCAUUUUGUAAUUCGUAAUUUGUGAUACAGUGAUACAACGUCAAUAAAAAUAAAAACUUUGUCAAUGUAUAAACAAUCAAAUCAAUUGUUUUGUUUCAUAUCAUAUGUGUAGGAACAUUAGGUUUAGUUUCAUUUCUGGAUUAUCUCAAGUUUCUUCAUGAAUGAUCAAAUUAGAGAGUUAGAAAAAUUCAUCAAUCCUUUUCUCUGUGAAAAAUAACCAAGACUCUGUUCAGAAGCAUUAUCUUGGGGAACAAAUAAAUUGUAGGAGAUGAUUAGGUUGAGUCCAAGGGAAGGGUAAGGCACAUAAUCAUUUUGGAGUCCCUUCAUGCCCACAAGAGAUCUAAAAAAGUUCAGCCUUCCUUGAAUGUUGUUGACUUUUUAUCUACUGCCAAUUUGCCUUGACCAUUAGUAGUUCAGAUUUUUGUAGAGCGAUACCAUGGAGUAAACUUGUAAUCAUUUGAACAACCCUAGUUCCCAAUUUCUUGCACCUACAGAAACGUCUUUGAAAUAUUUACCUGCCAAAUUGGAAAUGCAAUACUUUAUCAGACCAAUUUAGUAGCACAGCUUGGGAUUCUAUUAUUGGUAACCCUAAUAUGUAUAUUAGUCUACUCAUUUGAUAAGUAAUAUGGUAUUGGAGUCGAUCCCUGGAGAUAAAAUGGAAUUAAAGAACUGUUUAAAAGAAUUUUUAAAAAGAUAUUGCAUUAGAUGCUACUUGCCAAUGUGUUUAUAGAAGUAAUAAUGUAAUAUAUCAUAUAUCAGGAAUCCAGAAGUGUGCCUUCCUCAUAGCAUUACCUACUUUCUGGAUUGCUCCCCUUGAGAUCAAGAUGGCCCCUGUUUUGUUAUUGUUUAAAAGAGCUUGGAAAACCUGACUCUUCACCCAGGCCUUUAGUGAGAUAAAGAGAUCCCUCACUUCAUUUCACCUAGUCACUUGCAAUCUUUUAUAUUUUUUUGAUUUUCUUGUAACUUCUGUUACUGUAUUAAUAGCUCAUAGUUGCUGAGAGUUAAUAAAAUUUAAUAAAUUGUUAUAUACUGUACAAAGAUGGUUUUUAAAAUUGUAUGUAUAUUGCAAAAAGGGAAGGAAAAAAACUUCAAAGUACUGUAUAUACCUUAUAUGCAUUAAAUCUAAGGCAAGAGACUGUUUAUUUCAGUUUCAGUCUGUUUUCUGCAAUACUAAUGAACUGAAUAUUGUUAUAAUUUCAUUUUUGUAACUUGUCUGCAACUUAUAUAUAACUUGAUAGCAGUCCACCAUCACUUUAAAACUAAUGGGAACAGGUUAUAUAAGGAGAAUAAAGCUCAGUAACUCAAGCCUAAACUAAUUUACACUAAUCACAUGAACCAUAACAAAUAUUUUAGUAUUUUGUAUAUCCAGUCCAUUUCUAUUAAGCAUUUGAGUGUUGGCAAUAAAAGAUACUUACCUUAA